ACUCCAGAAAGUGCUUUCUCACGCUGCUGGUGUAUCACGUGAACCUUUUUUUUCUCUUUCUUUUUUUCGCAACAUGCACUCAUUGCACUGCCAAUUUCAAGAAUUUGGCGGACAGACCCACGCGAAAUUUAUUCAGCUGUAACACAUUAAUUUGAUAUUUCAAACUAUUAUUGAUACUGAUAUUUCGUGGAUUUUCGUGCGAUGGCAAAUAUUCUAGCAGCGGCACCAAAUAAUCGAAUAACGGCAGAAAGAGCCGCGCGCAGCCCGAAGUGCGCCAGGUGUCGGAACCACGGCUUCGUCGUCCAGUUAAAAGGCCAUUCUGGACAAUGUCAGUUCAAACAGUGUUUGUGCUGGAAGUGCUCUCUCAUAAACGAGCGAACGAGAAUCCUCGCAUCUCAACGACGGAUCAGAUCCGGUCAGGGAAACGAGUCACCUGGUCCCGAGCAGACCGCUCUAUCCGGUAGAAAAACGGUCUCCGCGGGUAACAAUAAAUCAACCAACCGGGUUAACGGUGACACCGACACCAGCGCGAUAAAGGAGAUUACUAUUAAUGCGCCCGUUGACGAUACAACGUACAUCGAGCUCCAGGCGCCUAUCAACACGCGCGGCGCCGUUAGCGUGAGCGCGGUUCAUCGUGAUCCGAAGACACCGGCGGGACCGAGCGCUCCGAGUGGCACUGUUGGAGAUGCACCAUCUUUUCCUGGAGAGUGCAUAAUUAGAGAGGCAGUCCCAGGGCAAUUUUAUCCAGCAGAGAUGUUCGCAAUGCCUCUUCCCCUGUACCAACAUUACCCGGACGGAUACAUGUUCCCGGCCAUGCUGGUGGCCCUGAGACCACCUGUACCAGGAGCCUUCAGGGAACAUGUCGGAUUUGUUCCCUUUCCACCAGGGGCACUGUCCCAUCCACUGGAGGCUCAUGAAUGGCAAAUCCAUGUUCCGCAUUAUAGUCAGUACCCCCCAUACGCAGGGAUGAGAGAUGAGCAUUCCCACCAUUCACACAGUCACAUGGAGGGAGAGCCAGGAAGAUCUGCGUUUUCUCCUCAAGUCGCAAGAGUUCCAGAAAGUCAAGUUUGUGGUAUCCAGCAAACAGAUGCUGUACCUGCUGACAGUCUUUCCUCAAGAAACGCAGAUGAGAACAGAUGAGAUCUUUGGUUUCACGUCGACUGAUACCACAUCAUUUGUACAAGACAUGCAUUUGUUGAUUCCUUUUCAAAAAUAUUUUUCCAUAUUCUUCUUCUGUUUCUUGUAGCAUCUACUUGUUCAUUACUGUGACAAUUUUUUAUUCUUGAUUUUUUAGAAGAUAAAUCUGAUAUCAAUGCUGUCUGCUCCGGUAAAGGCAACUGUUUGACAUUUCUUUUUACACUACAAUCAGUUUAUUACUGCAUCGAUUAUAAUAUCAGUCUUCAUUUGCUGUUGCACAGUUUUUACAUUUGACAGGUUAGAAAGUUAAAGUUAACAGCAGUUAAUCUUUAUGCCUGUUGUUUAGGCCUUUUGGGAGAGAAGUGACAUUUGGAAUGUUCCUUUUCUAAUUCUGGAUAAGUGUUUGAUGAAUAAACUGUUCAAUUC